AGUCUUCUUUGGAACUUGCUAGCUAGCUAUUGCAGCAAGCAAACGCGCGAGCACACUUCUUAUUCUCUUAUAAGGUAUCUACACUGUUUUUUCGUUUAGUUCGUCAAUAGAUACAUAUACCUAAGCAGUUAAUAUCCAUGAGAUUCAAUUGUACUUAUUACGAUAGUCUGCUGUUAUUGUAUGUUCAAACGCGGAUCCGUGUUCGUGUUGAUCGUUGAUCGCUGAUGUUUUUGAGAAGCGUUUAAUGUUUUUAUUAUUAUUUCUUCGUAUAUGAAGUUUAUUUUCUAUUUUGUUUUGCGCGCUCAUAGUUUUGAUGAUGAUGAGGAUGGAAAUUAACAUAUGCGACUUUUGAUCGCACAAAACAUAAAUUUGUGUUUACAAUUUGAACGAGCGCAAGGAUCAAAUCCGAAGUUCAGUGAGUUGUCGGCGAGUGUAAGCAAGUUUACAACAAGUUACAAGUGAAAACUACUCUUGAGAGUGUCGUCCGGUGUCAAAUCAUCAAAAAGGUUCGUCAAAGAAUAUGCGCUUUGGUAAAUUGAAACUUUCACCAAGUGUUAAUUUACAACAAUAAAAGGAUAUUCCUCAAAACAGAUCUUAUCAAAAAUGGAGAGAAGAUCAAUUUUAAUAAUUUUACUACUUGCGAUAGUCGCAAAGCCAAGUGCUACCAUAGGAAAACGUCAAUUUAAUAUACUGGAGGAUGAUUCGAGAUAUAUAUCACAUCAGGACUUAAUGUCGUCGUCAAAUCGUUUCGAAGACACCAAUAUAACAACCUACUCAAGAAUGCUCUUCGAUGUUGCUAGAAAUCAAAUGAUUGUUGGAGCAAGAGAUGCAAUCUUUCGCCUAUCCUUUGACCUGCAUCUGUUGGAGAAAUCAAUCUGGGAAGCCACUUCGUCACAAAUUCAAAUGUGCCAAAUGAAAGGCCAAUCGGAGCACCAUUGCCGCAACUACAUCAUGGUCUUGCAGAGUUACGAGAAUCAGCUGUAUGCGUGUGGGACGUAUGCAUUCAACCCGAACUGUUCGUGGCGCCAGAUGGAGAAUUUAACUGUAACAGCGUAUGACAGUGGCGUCGGCAAGUGUUCAUUCAGUCCGAAUUCAAAUAUAACUGCCUUGCUGACGGGAGAGGGCCAGAUCUUUGUUGGAUCGCCUACUGACUUUUCGGGAUCAGAUCCGGCAAUUAUGAGGACCAAUGUUGUCCAUCCACAGGAGCACUCGACACGACGAAAGAACGGUCAUCUUAUUCGGACUAAGCAAUACAACUCCAAGUGGCUUGAUAACCCGCAGUUUGUGGGUAGUUUUGAUGCGGGGUCUUUUGUUUAUUUUGUCUUUCGAGAGACAGCUGCUGAAUACAUGAACUGUGGCAAAGUAGUGUACUCAAGAAUUGCCAGGGUAUGCAAAUCUGAUGCUGGAGGUGAUCAAAUAUUAAAUGAUAACUGGACGUCUUUCCUGAAAGCUCGUCUAAACUGUUCUCUACCGGGAGAGUAUCCGUUUUACUUUAACGAAAUCCAAGGAAUGACCUAUUCAGCUGAGGAAGAUGUCCUCUAUGCCACAUUUACAACUCCAAACAAUGGCAUUCAUGGAUCAGCAGUUUGUGCCUUUAAUCUUACCGCCAUCAAUGCAGCAUUUGAAGGUCCAUUCAAAUUCCAGGAGCACAUCGACUCAAAUUGGAAAGAUGUCAACACUCCACAUCGAAGUCAGUUUUCGUGUGAAAAUCCUGCAGCAGGACUAAGUUACAAGCAACUUUUAGAGUCUUCGCGAUACCAACUAAUGGACGAAGCAGUCCAACCAAUAACUGCAGCUCCUCUUUACUAUUCAGCACUGGAACGUUUCUCCCACAUUGCCAUUGACAUAGUUUCCACAAAACACAUAGGGUCCACACAUGUUUUGUAUAUCUCGACAGAAGGAAACAUUAUCAAAAAACUGUCUGUUCUGCCUUCGAUGCAAACUUGCCUCAUCGAAGUGUGGCAAUACGAGGAGGAACAACUUAACUCGCAUAUCCAUUCAAUGGAAUACCUUAAGGUUACCGACUCACUCUACGUGGGCACAGAUCGAGCACUAAUGCGUAUCAAUUCGCAUCACUGCAAACGGCACGUUUCAGAGGCAACAUGCCUUAACGCCAUGGACCCGUACUGCGGUUGGAAUGAAUUAAUGGAGGAAUGCACACCCCCACCGAUUGGUGGUGACACCUCUGAGAAAUAUUGGAAGCAAAAGGAGCUGCAAUGUCCAAUUCUUACAGCACCCAUUGAUGGCGGGUGGUCGGCUUGGUCAGAUUGGUUCAAAUGCACUAAAUACAACGACGAGGGAUCAUGUUUGUGCCGUUCAAGGAGUUGUAUAAAUCCUGCACCGAAAAAUGGUGGUGAGGAAUGCGUGGGCAUCAUGACUGAGGUCACCAAUUGCACUGUGAAUGGCGGCUGGACCGAGUGGAGUGCGUGGUCAGCGUGUUCGCAGACGUGUGGUGUGGCCGUGAAGACGCGUCGUAGGUCCUGUGGUAACCCGAAGCCAGCAUAUGGAGGACGGACAUGUGUUGGCCCAGAUCGUGGCGAGAUUUAUUGCUCACAUUUGCCGCCUUGUCCAUCGCCAAAACCACAGGCAAUCGAUGGUGGAUGGGGACCCUGGGGACAGUGGAGUGAGUGCAGUGCCGAAUGUGGCGGAGGAUUUCGCAUCCGUCGACGAGAAUGUAAUGACCCAAGUCCUCAGAAUGGUGGAAUGGAUUGUCCUGGAUGUAAUAUUGACUAUGAGGUGUGCAAUGCUCAGGGGUGCCCCGAAGUGAAAAAGCUUAGUCAAUGGACUCCGUGGUUGGUGCAAUUGAAUAACAACGAAAGUAAUGGCGAGGAAACGCAUGUGGAGAAAAGAUUUAGAUUUGUGUGUCGUGCGACAACCUCUGACGUUGGAUCGAUGAAGAUUAAUCUUUCCAAGGAGGAGAGUCGCAUCUGUCAUUCGGAUGGGACAUGUCAGCGAGGGAAUAAUGAAAAUGAAGAGGAAAGUGUAUGGAGUGAAUGGGGCCCUUGCUCUGUUUCUUGCGGAGGUGGACUUCAGUAUAGAAGUAGGUCUGGAGAUGGCGGCAAGCAUCACAAGAACACGGUGAAUCGUGCAUGCAACACGCAACCUUGUCCUAGCGAAUGGGGUUGUUGGACGGACUGGUCUCCGUGUUCGACAACAUGUGGAAUAGGAAUUCGCAAGAGAUCUAGGAAAUGCCUUGGACCAGAGAGGACCUCCUGCAAAGGCAAGUCAAUUGAGGAAGCAAAAUGCGAAAUGCCAUCAUGUGCUUAUUAUUUGGGAUGGAGUAAUUGGAGCGAUUGGUCACCAUGUUCAGGCGAUGGUAUCCGUUUUAGAACCCGCAAAUGCCAACUUAAUCAACCGAACGAAAACGAAUGUCUUGGGGAAGAUUUUGAAAAAGCCCUCUGUGUGCCAGAUCCCUGCAAUGGCACAGCAAUGGCUUCAUUCUCAACUAUCAGCACCAUGGUUGCUCUAUUCAGCUUGUUUUACGCUCUAACAAUUUUGUUUACAUUUUGGAUCACCAGACGUCGCUUUAUGCUCGAGACACCAAAAAAUAAUUCACCAACACCCAGUUACGAUGCAUAUCCGAAUCAGUAUUCGAGUCUUCCAACCAAAGAUAUAUAUGAACCGCGACCAAAGCCCAAGAGACAAAGUAGCUUCAGCAUGAGUUCUGGGUCAAAAAAUUGCAAUACCAGUGGAACUCUAAAUAAGUCGAAUAAUAUCCAGAAUAAUCAUACGCCAAAGGUGCUGGCUAAGACGUAUAAUGAUUGUGAAACGGGAACUUUAAAACGCAAUUCACAUGGCCUCAAUAACUAUCGGACGAAUAUUGAUGAUGAAAAGUUUUGAAAAAAAAGCAAUACAAAACACUGCAUAUUAUCUAGAGAGCUAGAGGGAGGGGUUUUUCAUUGAAAUGCGAGAACAAAGUUAGAAAGGGUUUUUUUAAGAGGAAGUAGCUAAAAAAGGGUAUACUUUUAGGAGCUUCGGAAACCAAAUUCAAGUCAGCUUUCAGUAAUUUCCAAUUAUCGUUAAAGAGAUGUUGAUAAAUGCCAGGAAACUGGUUUACGGUUUUCCUGUAAUCAAGAUGUUUCCGAUAAAAAACAUUGCAUACUUCUAGGAUGUUUAGUUAAAACUCUUUUGGAGGUUUCAAAGAGCACCAAAGUAUGUCGAAAAAGCUGAAGCAAAUCUUAAAUUCAAUGAAAAACUUCGUUUUUGAAAACCGAAAUUAAAAAAACAAAAGAAAAGUUUCCUUAUCAAUUCCAUUAAUUUAAAUAUAAAAAAAAAAUUAUUAAAUUUUGUUAAAGACGCAGUGCCAUUAGACUAUAAGCUAAGCGACGAAUUUUUUUGUUAAUUAAUGUUAUUCGGGAAUGGCAUUUUUUAAAAUCUCUGACUCAUAUUGAGUUAAUUUAUGUGUAAAUUUAAGAAUUAAUUUAAGAUUUAUAGUGGUAAGAAUAAUGAUUUAUUUUUUUUUUUAACUACCUUCAAGAAGUGUGCUUUGGAAGAUAUAUUUAAUUUUAUUCGGCGACUAAUCAUACAAACAAAAAGAAGACUGAUUUAAUUGUUUUUGUCUAAUUUUUUUGUACGAUAAGUGCUAAUAAUACAAUUUUUGAGUGUAUAGGGGCUGUACUAACAAAAGCAAUGAGAGAUAAGUAUUAAAUUAAAUAAUUGUAAAAAAAAAAAUAAAACAAAUAUCUUUCUAUUCUGUUAAAUAAAUGAAAUUAAAUUAUAUUUUCGUAAAAUAA